AUGUCUCUUCUUCGACCGUCGAGCUUCUUCGCGUCGCCUUUGGACGACUUUGACCUGUUCCCUUCAUCGGCUCUUCGCGAGCUGAUGACGAUGAACCCGUUGGCCAUGGCGGCUGCCAGUCGACCCAACGUGAAUGCGGGCGACUAUCGGAUUUGGUCUGGCCCCAAGGUGGACCUGCACGAAGAGGACACCAAGUUUGUGCUGACGGCUGAACUGCCGGGCGUCAAGAAGGAGGAUCUCAAGAUCAAUGUGGACGCCGACCGACGCAGGCUGACUCUGGAGGGACAUAUGAAGAGCGAGUACUCGUCGCAGCCCGCAGCUUCGACCCAAGGAGAUGCCAACGGCGGCAACAACGAGUCGCACACGGAUGGCAAGGACGCCGCCGAACACAACGGAAAGACUUCGACGCAGGUGGCCAAGCAGGACCAGACAGGAGCUGGACAGGUCGGCACGGUAGGUCACGCCCUGGUGUCUGAGCGUGUCUACGGUUCGUUCAGCCGCUCGUUCACGCUGCCUCCAACAGCCAACCUGGGCGACGACUCGAGCCUCAAGGCGCGCUUCAACGACGGUCUGCUUCGACUCGAGGUUCCCAAGAGGAAGGAGGAGCACUCCAAGACUCGCCAAAUUGCGAUCGAGACGAGCUCUUGA